AUGGGUCUACACCUCGAUCCGAGCCAUUACGAUGACAUGAGUGUUUUGGACACGGAGUUGCGAAGAAGACUCUGGGCGACUAUAAUGGAGUUGAACGUACAAGCGUCACUGGAUGCCGGAAUGCCGCCAAUUGUUUCGAUACAAGAUUUUGACACAGAGCCACCGUCUAAUAUAGAUGACACUGACAUGGACGAUUCUACCCAGAAGAUCUCACCAAAGCUACAUACUGUUGUGACGGAUACUUCUUUACAGAUAUUUCUAUUCGAUUGUCUGCGUCCUAGAUUGAAUAUUUUACGAAUGAUGAACGGUCUCAACCCAGACAUGAGCAGGGACAAGAUUGUUGCUCUGACAUCGGAAAUUAACAAUCAUUGCAAUAAUUGUCGCGAGUUCGUGAAGAAGGAUCCCCAAACUGGAAGCGAUGUCUUCCGCCAUAACUUGUCUGAUUUGUUGAUUCGUCGUUUUCUACUAAGCCUGCAUCGCCCCUGGGCCUGUAGAGCUCAUGCAGGCCCUUUGUCCUACUUUUCUCGAAAGAUAAGCUAUGAUGCUGCUGCUACCUUACUCUCCCCCACAACGGACGAUAGUUUCGCACAUUUACUGCUACGCGGCAGUGGCAUCUUCAAGAACCGUAUCAUUCAUGUGUCUCUGGCACUAGCCUCAGAGUUACUAAUUGAGAUCCAAGACAAAGGAUCCAACCCAAUCACGCAACAACCCUGGGAUUACCGAUCCAUGCUCGUAGCUGCUGUACACGAAGCACGGUCACAAUCGGCCCAACGCAUGAAGUUCGGCGAAACAAAUGUCAAGCUACAUAUGAAGCUGAGCAUAGUUCUGACCAAAGCGGAGGAUCCUACGCUGGGUCAAUCGCUCCAAGAACAAAUGAUUGAGAGCGCCAGAGACAGUCUACAAAUGUCAUAUGCAACUAUACAAGCAAAUAUAGGUUUACCAGCCAGUCCAUUGUAUGAUGUCACUUUGAACAUGCAGGAUUUCUCGCCGUUGUUGAAUUUUGAUGAUAUUUUGAAUGCUGCGGACCUUGCCCUGGACGAAGCUACCGCGUCUUUGUCCUCUAUGUACUAA